AUGGGGCAAAUAAUUAGUGCACAGCAUAAAGGUGCGGGAUCAGUAUUCACGGCCCACACCAAAAAGCGAAAGGGACUUUCCAAACUGCGUCUUCUGGAUUACGCCGAGCGACAUGGUUACAUGAAGGGAGUCGUGAAACAAAUCAUCCACGAUCCAGGUCGUGGCGCCACGCUGGCCGUCGUCCACUUCCGGGACCCGUACAAGUUGAAGGUCCGUAAGCAGCUGUUUAUCGCCGCCGAGGGUAUGUACACCGGUCAGUUUGUGUACUGCGGAAAGCGCGCCCAGCUGCAGAUCGGAAACGUGCUCCCGAUCGGUCUGAUGCCCGAAGGUACCAUCGUGUGCAACCUGGAGGAGAAGACCGGUGAUCGGAGCAAGCUGGCCCGUACCUCCGGCAACUAUGCCUCGGUCAUUGCCCACAAUUCAAACAUUAGAUGUGCUAGUCAGUCUUAA